AUGAGUCACCCUAACCUCUACAUCCUUGCCGCGGACAACCCCUCGGCUGUACUAAGCCAUCUACGAUCUGAUUCAUCUCGCGCUUCUUGCCAGGACGAACAUGGCUAUUCCCUUCUCCACGCCGCCGCUUCCUACGGACAUAUCGAUCUGCUCCGUGCACUCGUACAAGAAUUUCAUGUGGACCCCAAUCUGACCGACGAAGACAACGAAACGUGCUUGUUCGUGACCGAACAGUUGGAAAUCGCGAAAUGUCUUGUCGAAGAGCUCGGUGUCGACGCCAAACACAAAAACGACGAAGGCUUCACAGCUCAAGAAAUGAUCGAAAGCGAGGGAUCGUUCAUGGAUAUUGCCGCUUAUCUUGGAGAAGCUACUGGAAACACAAGAUCAGAAGCACAACUGCAACCUCCGCCACCCCUCCCCCACAAUAUCAGUGUUAAUCUGGGUACUAUGUCCCAGCAGGACGUUGACGGUGAGGCAGGCGAAGUUGAUCCCGAAUUCCGGAGGAGGAUUGCAGAACUGGCUGCCAGAGAAGACUUUCAUACUGAAGCAGGCCAGAACCAAUUACGCGCUCUGGUCACAGAUGCGCUUAGAGGUGUUGGGGCGCAAACUCAGGAUAGAGAUUCGUCGACGCUGCGAUAA